AUGGCUGCUCAAGAUACCUGGUCGCAGAGACUUCGAGACCACUGCACUAUUCGUGGCAUUGGCGACCCGUCCUGGCAAGAAAUAUCAGAUCGCCGCGGCGGACGAACUGCCUGGUCCAGUGUCUGUCAGAUCAACGGCAGCCAGUAUCAAGCCCGCUUCUGGUAUGACGGGACAUUUGCCGACCAAGCUCGCGAGGAUGCAGCUGAAGUUGCACUUCGCGCCCUUACUGGGACUGUCAGCAGAGCGACCGAUCCGCCACCGGCAUCGUAUUAUGCUCGAGCAUAA